UUGAAAACUCAAAACCACGAAACAAUUCAAUUAUCACUAAACAUUUUCAAAAAGUUAUUCGGUACUUGUGUAAUUGAACAAGUUUUCUUAACAAAUAUCUAACAUAGUUAAAGAAAACUAAAUAUUUUAGUUCUGAAGAAUGUUAUCAUAGCAUUAAUUUCAUUGCCCCAGUGUAAUUGCUCCAUUGUUACAAUUCAUCGUUAUCAAUCUAAUUAUCUAUAAAUAUUACACCGACAAGGUAUAAAAAAUUACAAUCCUCUUCGUAAUUUUAUUCAUCCAUAUAGAUGCAUCGAUAUAUUUAACUCUAUCGUGAAUUAAAAAUUUACAAGAUGUGUAAAAUAAAAUUACUGAAUUUGUACUUAUGUGGUAUUUUAAUUAUUUUAAUAUCAUUGGUAAUCUAUAAAACAUCCAAUGGAAUAGAAGAAAUAGAUUAUACAUUUCCUGAUGGUUUUCUCAUCGGGACAGCGUCGUCGUCAUAUCAAGUGGAAGGUGCAUGGAACGAAAGUGGCAAAAGCGAAAAUUUGUGGGAUUAUUUGGUACAUCACUCGUCAGAAAAAAUUUUAGACAGGUCUAAUGGAGACGUUGCUUGCGAUUCUUACCAUAAAUAUAAAGAAGACAUCAAAUUAAUGAGCGACAUAGGUAUUAAUCAUUACCGUUUCUCAUUGAGUUGGUCAAGAAUAUUGCCGACAGGCUACACGGAUUACAUCAAUAAAGAUGGAAUACAAUAUUAUCACAAUAUUUUAGAUGAACUUGAAAAAUAUGGAAUAAAACCAUUUAUAACACUUUAUCAUUGGGAUCACCCACAAAGUCUCGAAAGAUUAGGCGGUUGGACAAAUGAAAUUAUGGCUGACCUAUUUGCUGAUUAUGCACUGCUCGUAUUUAAAGAAUUUGCGGCUAGAGUAAAAUUUUUUUCUACGAUAAAUGAGCCGUAUAUAUUUUGUAAAGCAGGUUAUCGAACUGUUGAUUUUGCGCCAAGUUUGAAUUUGAGCUCGUGGGGUGAAUAUCUAUGUAUGCACAACAUGUUGAAAGGUCAUGCUUUAGCAUACCACAUAUAUGACAAAGAAUUUCGAAAACAAUAUGGUGGUAAAAUCGGUAUCAUAACGCCAUGUUUCCACUAUUAUAGUAAAAAUAAUAAUGAUUUAGAGUCUUCUGAAGUUGCAUUUGAAUUUCAAUGUGGCUGGGGUGCAAACCCAAUUUUUUCAAAAAACGGCGACUAUCCGGAGCUUAUGAAACGAAAACUUGCACUAAAAAGUAAAUUAGAAGGUCGAAGAAAGUCUAAAUUGCCAAGUUUUUCCAAAGAAUGGAUUCAAUACAUAAAAGGUUCUUCAGACUACUUUGGACUCACCCAUUACACUACGUAUCUUGUAGAGCCUCUACUGAACAAUUCAAAUACGCAAGUACAAGACGAUGCGGAUCUAAUUUAUUCAAUUGACGAUCAAUGGCUUUCAGCUCAAAGUCCAUGGCUAAAGAUUGUACCAAGAGGAUUAGCUGAUAUAUUACGAAAAAUUAAAGACAAAUAUGAUAACCCUCCAGUCUACAUACUAGAAAACGGUGUUUCCGAUGCUAACACCAUCAACGAUACAAUGAGAAUUUUCUACUUACAUGCGUACAUGAAUGAAAUGCUUACAGCAAUGAAAAGAGACAAAUGCAAUGUCAAGGUUUAUACAGUUUGGAGCUUUUUGGAUAGCUUUGAGUGGAACAGAGGAUAUGUAGAUAAAUUUGGUCUUGUUAGUGUCAAUUUUAAUGAUCCAAAUCGAACGCGUACUCCAAAAAAGUCAGCUAUGUGGCUGAAAAAAGUAUUAGCAUCACGUAAAUUAGAACCGUAUUAAUGAAAAUAAUAACAUUUUUUAACAAGAAAAAGAGAGUUAAAAUGAUUAAUUAAUAAUCUAGCUGUAUAAAUUGAAUGUUGAAACCUUAUAAAUAUUUCCGAUUUCUCCUUUUCUUUGUUACAAUAAUUAUAAUAAAAAUUACCUAUUAAUUACAAUAAUUGAAAAAUACACUAAAGGUUACGGAAAAAUUGUUUCACUUUGACUACUUUUCUUUUAUCGGGUUCGUUUUGUGAUGGAUAUCUGUU